AUGCCCACAAAGGUUGCCUUCUCCUUCGUGCGCCACAACCGCUACGAAGCUAUCGAGGCGAUCAUCCAACAAGAAAGCGGCAUUCUGGAAGCCAAGGACGAGUUUGGCAACAACAUGCUGCACAUCGCUUGUCAGAACGAUCAUCGCCGCAUUGCAAAGCUGCUGCUCAAGAACGGCAUCAAUGUGAACGAUCAGAACAAAGCCGGCAACACGCCUUUGCACUACUGCUUUCAGUACAACUUCUUGCACUUGUCCGACUACCUCAUCGCGCACGGCGCGGACGAGACCAUCGCCAACAAGAAGGGCCUCCUCCCCUCGGAGGGGACGGGUCUCGAGGGCGGUAUGGGCGUGUAG